AUGGCUUUUGGAGACCUGAACAGCAAUAGGCAUUUGGGAUUGCAGCAACUGUCCUCUUUUGCAUCCACUGCAAAGACCUUUUUAGGACCAAUUAAGUCAUCCAAAUUUAUUGUUGAUAGAAGAACUUACGGCAGUGUGUUGAUUUGCUCUGCAGUGAGACUUCUUGAAAGCUUGGAUUCAAAUAAUGCAGUAGGACAACUUCUUAAUGAUGCCAUCCAGGCACAGAACAAGGAGUAUAAAACUGGAACAGCUACCCUGUUGUUUCUUGUUAGCGCGUGGAGCAGUGCUAUACUUGAGUGCCUUGAGCAGGGUGUUCCCCUUUCGGUAAUAGUAGCUGUGAUGUCUGAAGGUCUCAGUUCUUGCAUUGAGCAAGUUCAGUGCCUCACAAUACCAAUAACCAACAUGAAGCAAAAGCCGGACGAUAUUCCUAAAAAAUAUGACAACAAAGCCCUCAUUAACAUCUGUUUUGGCACAGCUGGAAGGCAGAGGAUUGAAAUGAAAACUUCAGGUGUCAAAUCCAACCACAGUUUCGAAGUCCAUAUGUCAGAAGAAGAAUUAAAAGACCCUACCAUUCAGCAGGCAAAUGCUGUCAGGCCUUGGGAAAGCCCUCAGUAUCCGUGGGGAUUCACUAACGGCAGCACAGCAUGUUCACAGGCUAAGCCAGUAGAUGCCAGUUGUGUUUUCACAGUUUGCAAAAGUCGUUUGGCUGUGUCAAAUGGUAACAAAAGAUCAAAAUUGAUCCACAGUAGAUAUUUCAGUAGUGCAAGGGAAAUUCAGUCUCAACAGCCAACAGAUUACUUGGAUGGACCUGCAGAAAAUAUGAAUGAACUCAACUAUUUGGGACAAGUGGCGAUGUCUCUUAGUCAUGGAAAGGGGCCUGCAAUGAAACUGGUACAGGAUGUUCUUAGAUGCUGCUUGCAGACUGAUUAUCAAAUAGCUGACUCCCAUCCUUUUCAAUUUAAUAUUUCAGAAAUUGUAACUUGUUGUUUACCAGGGAUGUCUGAAAGUUAUUCUUCUGUUUGCCCUGGGUAUGUCUUGUUAGUAUGCCCAGAGAAAGCUGCUGCUGCUAAGCAGCUUCAGGGUAGACCUCUUCAUGUUGUUCUUGCAGAUGGUGAUCUAACAGAAAUGUAUCGCCAUUUGGGGUUUAACAGGUCACACAAUGUAAGAACGAUCUUAGAAAGUGGGAAUAAUCAAGCAAAUAGCUCAGGCUUGUGGGUUGACACUCUGUUAGAUAUUCUGAAUCAGCACCACAUUGAUUUAAUUUUGGUGCAAGGUAACACAUGUGAAAGUUUAGAGGAAAAAUGCUUGCUACAUAACAUACUGAUAAUUAAUCACGUAACCCAUGCUGUAUUGCAAGCUUUUAGCAAUAUUACAGGAGCGGAAAUAGUGACCUACCUCACUCAGGUGAAUGAAAAUUGUGUCGGCAAGGAUGUCUAUUUAAACUUCUGGGGAACUGGAGAGUCAGGUUGGAUGGAAGUGGAUAGUAGAGUUCCAGUCGUCAUAACAGCAAAAGGAAUUCAUCUGUUAACAGUGGUGCUUAGCAGUCCUGUAGUGUCCAAGAUGCAAGCCACUGAAGAUAACUUUUGGACUUGUGCUUAUCGUGUGCACAAUGCUCUUCUUGAUAAAACAGUCUUUCCUGGAGGUGGUGCCACUGAGUUGCUGUGCCUCAGUUAUCUUGAGAAGUUGGAGAAAGAAGCUAAAAAUGCUACAGGGGAAUUUCAUGCUGGUUCCUCCUGGCUUGCAAAAUCUUUGGAACCGUGUAAACCUCUGGUGCUUAAUGCUUUGGCACGUGGUUGGCACCAGUACCUUUGCACUGUCAUGUGUAGAACUGCAAACAGUACAUCUGAGUUUGAAGCCAGCGUUUUUAUACAGCAGCAUCUCAGAAAAGCAGCAAUGCACAGUUCGCCUUCCGACUACAUAAUGGAUGAGUUUAGGAAGGAGAAGAUUGGGGUAGCAGUCUUUGAACAUAUAGGGACAUAUGAAAAGGCUUUCAAAGUGUAUGACAAUGUAACGGCUAAGAUAGAGGCAUGGCGUAGAGCUCUAGAUUUAGUGCUCUUAGUUCUUCAAACGGAUGCUGAAAUUAUCACAGGGCCUAAGAGAGAUCAGCUGUUAAAAUCACAGGCGUCAAGUGAGUUGGUGUUUUUAUAAGAACUUGUAAGCCCACACAUGGUUGUAUUUAUAGAAUAUGCACAAGCUUGCAAGCAGAUACCAUA